AUGGCGGAGAGUGCUGUGAGCUUCUUAGUUGAAUACUUGGGAGCUUUGCUGGUGGAGGAAGCACGGUUGCUGAAGGGGGUCCAUGGAGAAGUCUGUGACAUCAGAGAUGAGUUAGACAGAAUUAAAUCCUUUUUAAGGGAUGCUGAUACAAGACAAGACACAGACCAAAGCCUCAAGAUAUGGGUGAAACAAGUAAGAGAAAUCGCUUAUGAUGUCGAGGAUGUUCUCGACAAGUUCAUGCUCGGCAAAGCACAAGAGCAACACGAUUCUCAGGGAUGCAUCGACUUUCUUUAUAUACUCAUCAAGCAGUUCAUGGUGCAUCAUCAGACUGCAUCCUCAAUACAAGAUAUCAAAACCCGAAUAGGUAUGAUUACGGAGAGAAAAGACGCUUACGCUCUCAAUAGAAUAGAGCAAGGUUCAAGCUCCAAUAACAUGAGUGAUCAAUGGUAUGAUCCUCGAUUGAAUGCUCUUUUCAUUGAGGAAGCUCAUCUUGUGGGCAUCGACAUGCCGAGGAGGCAAUUGAUCAGAUGGUUAAUGAAUGGAGAUUCGAGACUCUCGACGAUUUCGGUGGUUGGUAUGGGUGGCCUAGGCAAGACCACUCUAGUAAAGAAAGUCUAUGAUAGCCAACAAGUGAAGAAAUGUUUUGAAACAUAUGCUUGGAUCACCGUCUCGCAAUCAUUCAAACCAGAGGAUCUACUCAGAAACAUGAUAAAGCAAUUCUCCGAGGCAAAGAAAGAUCAGUCUCCCGAAGGAGUAGAUGCGAUGACACAGGUCGAGCUAAUCCAAGUGCUACGGAGCUACUUGCAGAACAAGAGGUAUGUGCUUGUUCCUGAUGAUGUAUGGGAAGCACAUGUAUGGAAUUUCAUAGGCAAUGCAUUGCCCACUAGUGAAUAUGGUAGCUGGGUAAUGAUCACCACACGCAAAGGUGAUGUUGCAUCAUCUUCUUGCAUUGGACCUUCCAAUCACAUCUACAACCUUCAGCCUCUGCAUCCAGAAAAUGCCUGGUCCCUCUUUUGCAGGAAGGCAUUCCAAUCAAAUGAGGAGAACAGUUGUCCUCAGGAAUUGGAGAAGCUUUCUCGAAGUUUCGUAAAAAAAUGUCAAGGACUACCUCUUGCAAUUGUCACAUUAGGUAGUCUUUUGUCAAUGAAGGGAAAGACGUAUGUUGAGUGGGAGAUGAUUCACCGUAGCCUUGGAUCAGAGCUUGAAAGCGAUGACAAUCUUAGAAGCAUGACGAAAAUAUUAUUACUCAGUUUCAAUGACUUGCCUUACUACCUGAAAUCAUGCUUCUUGUAUUUGAGUAUUUUUCCAGAAGAUUAUGCCAUUAAGCGUAUGAAACUAAUUCGGCUAUGGAUAGCUGAGGGUUUUGUCGAAAGAAAUGAAGGCAGGUCAAUGGAAGAGGUUGCUGAAGGCUACCUCAAUGUGCUCAUCACUAGAAAUCUUGUUCUAGUGACAGAACGGAAAUCUUAUGGCAAGGUGAUCACUUGUCAAAUCCACGAUCUUGUGCGGGAGAUGAUUAUUCCAAAAUUCAGGGAGGAGCACUUCUUUGCAUCUUCUGUUGAAGAGAACAUGAACAGAAUCCGGCAUCUGUCGAUUUGCAACGAUGGUGAGAAUUUUCCAAAAUUUGAUGCCUUCUCCCGUCUUCACUCUCUGUUCAUUUUUGGGGUGGAUGGGCUAUUCAAAACUCCUGCAAUCACAUCGUUUGCUAGCUUAAGGUUGUUGAAGGUGGUGGAUCUUGAAAAUGUGUCCGUGGACAUCUUUCCUGAUGAUCUAACAAGCUUGUUGCAUUUGAGGUACCUAAGCUUGGAGAAUACAAAGAUCAAGAAGGUUCCAAGUUCGUUGGGGAAGCUAAAGAACUUAGAAACAUUGAAUCUUAAGGGCACCUUUGUAUGUGAAUUGCCAGUUGAGAUUCUCAAGCUCGAGCGCCUCCACCACCUCCUCGUUUAUCGCUAUCAUAUAACGGUGGUUUAUUUACCUUUUAACUCUGUGUAUGGAGUUAAGGUGUCAGCUGGAAUUGGGCAUAUGAGAUCCCUACAGAAGUUGGCAUGCAUAGAGGCAGAGAGCGGAAUCAUUAGAGAGCUGGGGAAUCUCACCCAACUAAGGAGGUUAGGCAUUAUCAAGCUAAAAAGGGAAGAUGGGAACGAUUUGUGCACUUCUGUUGAGAAGAUGGAGUACCUUCAGUCCUUGGAUGUGACAUCAAUGGAUGAGGAGGAGGUUCUCGACCUGCAUUCUUUAUCGCAUCCUCCGCUACCUCUUCAAUGUCUAUAUUUGACAGGGCGUUUGGAGAAGUUACCCAAAUGGAUUGCCUCGUUUCAUAAUCUGGUCGCCGUCUGUCUGAGAUGGUCCAGAUUGAGGGAUGAUCCACUCAAAGCCCUUCAGUCACUGCCCAAUUUGGUGGAACUCGAGCUACGGCGAGCUUUUGAUGGAGAAGAGUUAUGUUGCGAGGGCAGAGGAUAUCCAAGACUCAAGCAAUUAUUGCUCAUUGAGUUGAUGGGAUUGAAGAAGGUGAGGGUGGACAAGGGAGCAAUGUCUAGCCUUGAAGAGCUAGAUAUUAGACAUUGUGAAGAAUUAGUGGAGGUGCCGUUGUGGCUGGAACAUCUCACUAACCUCAAAGAACUCUACCUGCAAGACAUGUCUGUGGCUUUCUUGAAGGGGCUAAGAAAGGAUGGAGUGGAAGAGUUAGUGAAUUCCAUUCAGCACAUUCCACUCAUACGAUACACAAACACUCGAGAAAGUACUUAUUGGGACUUAUCAUGAUUCAGGAGAGGACACUCACAAGAUUAAAGCAGUUGUUGGGUGAAUGUUUUAUAUUUCCCUUCUUCCUAAUCACAACUGAUAUUUUUGUUCUCUACAAAGAUUCACGCUUUUUUCCUCUUGCAAAUGCUUUCAUUUUCUUCUUUCCUUUAUUUUUGUGACAUUUUUAUAGUUGUUUCAAGGAGGCCGGUUGUUGGGAGACCGCAGAAGCAUGCACAGAAACACACGAUUUUACGUGGGAAACCCUUGUGGGAAAAAAGUACGGCACAAAGCGACAACAAAAUCCACUAUGAAUAAUGAAUUUUAAGAGAUUGAUGAACUUACAGAUACAAAGCCCUUCCGAAAACCCACUGUCACACUCAAAACCCACUAUGGUUAAAGGGAUUGACGAGUGGUCUACAUUCAACGUACAUGUGUGGCCACCUGAU